CCCACUUGCAGUAUUAUAAAUUAAACAAAAAAAUUCCCACUUGCAGUAUAGUAAAUUAAACAAAACAAAAUUGCCCACUUCCAGUAUAACAAAUUGAACAAAGCAAAAUUACCCACUUGCAGUAUAAUAAAUGAAACAAAAAAAAUUCCCACUUGCAGUUCAAUAAAUUAAACAAAACAAAAUUACCCGCUUGCCAUAUGAUCAUUAUUUUUAAUAAGAUGAAGUUUACAAUUUUUCGCAGAUUAUCCAUCUGGCGGUACAUUGGAUUUGUACCUGGUUUCUACUGCAGCGUGCGGAGCUGCAGGAUUUUAUGGACUACAGUAUGGAGAUAGUCGCACCGGAGUUGUUCAACCUGUUUGGUUAGCGCGGUAGCAUCAGGCUGUGUGGCACAUAACAUGUUGACGACUCUUGGGCUGGGGUUGCUUCUCCUUUUAGAAAACACACACAGGAAGAUAGCUACGACAAAGCAAAGUGAAAGGCUAUGUGAUGCUUGAAAGAGUAGUUUGUAGGUACCAGCCCGCAGUUCCCCAAGAGCUUCCCCAAACAUGCAUAUGUAGCUAGGAAUGAGUACAAACCUCUAUCUGCUCCCAGCUCCCUGAUCCAUCGUACCAAUCGAUGAGCAGCAAGGAGAUUCAUUAAAAGGGACGAUGGAGGUUCUAGCUUCUGUAGUUGGCGCGGUUGUGAGCAGCACCGUGACGAAGCUCUUGACAGUGAUAGGAAAAGAAUCGGGGGACCUUAAGCUUGAUGCUGAAUCCAUUCAGAGGGAGCUUGACUUCAUCUAUGCCAAGGUUCGAGAUGAGCCCCCGGAUAGCACAAGAAGCAGCAAUAUCCGGAAAGAAUGGAUGGUACAACUCAGACGCUUGGCAGACGACAUCGAAGACUGCAUAGACAGCUUCCACGUCAGGAAGAAGACCAGCAACAGCAAGAGGCAGUUUGCCCGACAGGUUGCUCAACUCAAGGACAGAUCAAAGGAGAUACGGAAGGAAUUUGCCAUCAUUGGAGAUCGAACCACGACCUCCAGUGAAGAAGUUCCUCCUCCGGCGGCUGCUUAUCGCUGCAUGAGGGAUGCAGAGGCGGAACUUAUUGGCCUCAUGAAGAGCCAAUCAGAGGAAGGGAGGCUCAAGCUGAUCGCCAUUGCUGGCCUUGGUGGCUCAGGCAUGACUCUUCUUGUCAAGCAAGUCUACGAGAGCGAUGUCGGCCUGCAGUUCAGUCGCCGGGCCUGGGUUAGUGCAGCAGGCAAGAACACAGAGGAGAUUCUCAUUGAGGUACUCAAGAAAUUCCAGAUCCAGAAUAAUGGUGCCAGUACCUCCAGCCAGGUUGUGGACAGGGAGAAGGAUGACGCGUCGCUCAUCCAAGCUUGCCUAAACAAUAAAAGGUAUUUGAUCGUAAUUGAUGAUGUGAAGAAGGACGACUUGAAGGAAUUAGUGUCUGUCUUCUCUUGGGCCGAAGGUGUCGAAGGAUGCAGAAUUUUGGCGACAACAACUAUUCAGCUACCAGGAGUACCGACAAGCUGCACUUGCGGUGACCGACUGCCACUUGCUCUGGACAGCACGGCCCAUUUCUUGAAGAUUGGGGAGCUGACAGAGAGUAGAUUUGAACAAGACUGCCUUGAACUCGGAGCAAAGCUGAAAGCCGUGGUGGUGAGCGACUACGAGAGUCUGUGCAACCUCCUCCUCCAGGACUCACUGCUAUAUUUCUGCAUGUUCCCCAGUGAUCAUCCGGUGCGGAGGAAUCCGCUGAUAAGGAGAUGGAGUGCUGAAGGGCUUGUGUUUGCGAAUCCAGAGGAUUGCAUAGACCAGCAGGAUGCCGGCGCCGGCGACAAUCUCAAGACUCUCAUCGAAUGCAAUAUCAUCCAGCCUGUGGUUGUGAGCAACAAUGGCAAGGUGAAGACAUGCCAGCCUCCUUUGAAGAUCUUCGACUACAUAGCCAACAAGUCCAUGCUCAAGCAUUUCAUCACCUUGUUCUGUGGUCAGACUCAGACCAAUAUAGCGCAGCAUGUCCGCCGCCUUUCUCUCCAUCCUGUCAGUGGCAGAAAAAGGAACUUACCUGAGGAUUUAUCACGACUAAGGACUCUGGCGGUAUUCCCUGCUGCCGCCAAAGCCUGCAGUUACAAAGAUGAGUUGAGCUUUGCAAAAUAUGAUCUCCUGCGAGUAUUGGAUCUCAAGGAAUGUGCUGAUCUGAAGCAGAAGGAUGUCAAAGGUGUCUGCGGCCUGUUGCUGCUGAGAUAUCUCAGCCUCGGGAACGCUAUUGGCAAGGUUCCGAAGAAAAUAAAGAAGCUGCAGCAGUUGGAGACCCUCGAGAUGAGAAGAAUCAAAGCUGUUGAGGUGCACGCGGACGUGUUCCAGCUACCCAAGCUGAAACACCUUCUUGGGAAAUUCCAGUUCCGAGACGGGAGCACAGAUAGGAAGCUCUUGGCGGACGGUGACCAGCUGGUCAUGGAGACGCUCUCAGGAUUUGUCACUGAUAAGUCCCAAAGGUUUCCACAGCUGAUGCUCCAUCACAUGGGGCAGCUGAAGAAGGUGAAAAUAUGGUGCCACCCCUCCACGGAUCAAGCAUAUUUGGCCCAUCUUUCAGACGUGAUCACGGCUUUCGUCAGUGACGGGAACCGUACGGUGAUUAGAGAUGAUGAUCGCUCCCUGUCCAUUGACUUUGCAGAAUGCGCAACAGAUUGCUCAGUGGCACUCCUGGGCUCUCUGCAAACUCCAGGCAGACUUAACUCGCUCAAAUUGCACGGAGACAUCCUGCAGCAUUGUUUACAUAACAAGUUUUUGACAAAGCUGAGGAGUGUCCAGGAGCUGUGCCUUUCAUCGACCAAUCUAGGCUGCGAUGCAAUUCUAGCCUGCUCGAGUAAUCUGCGUGUGCUGAAAUAUCUGAAGCUGGUUGAACAUAACCUGGGGCCCCUCAACAUAAAGCAGGGGCACUUCCCAGGGCUCGAGCGGAUAUGUCUUGUGGGCGUGCAGGGGAUAACAAUCCAAGCUGGAGCUCUGUGUCGUCUUGUCUCGCUCCAUAUGCUCUGUGAAGUUCUACUUGCUCUUCCUGGGACUCCCGGCAUCGAAAUCAAACACAUGGCAGGACUCAAGGAGGUAGGUCUCCAUCCUCGAGUCAAUGAUGAGAAAAGAACUAUAUGGCAAGCAGCUGCAAGUGGUCACCCUAAUAGGCCCGAGGUUUUGUUCAUUCAAGGCCCCUAGUAAUGGAGGCUUAAAUUAAAUUAAACAGGGUCUCCGUCUUCUGUACCUCCGGCCGGUCUGCUCUUCGCCAUCUUCACCUGAAAUACUAUCUUCAAUUUGUUAAAGCCUACUCUUUUUGACUGUAAAUCAUUGCAACCACCGUCCACUUUGAGUUCACCAUGUUGUUCAAAUUACCUUUACAGCGUACCAAACCGAGUGCUUCCUUCCGUUGCACUAUUUUAUUUUAUUUGUUGAACGACAAGGAUCCUUCCUGUUGGUAUCUGUUAUUGUGAUAUAUGUUGAGAGAAACUUUGCUAUUUUCUAUUGCUGUAAA